AUCUCGACUUACUGUUCCAUAUCCGAACCAAACAGCUUCGGUUUUGCUUCGGUCAACGGUAGGCCCAACCAAACCACAGGCUCGUUCCUUCAUUUAGUCACUCCGAAGCAUUGCCUCGGAAGCCAAGCCUCUUCCAUGGCAAAUACCAACAAUACAUAGGUCGAAUUUCCCGCUCAUUCAACACGCUGUCGCUUUCGCUUUUUCGAUUGAAACGAAAGAAAGAGAAUGAAUGAACUGAACAGUAAACACUGAUAAAACUCUUCUACUUCAUUCAUUCAUUCAUUCAUUCAUCGCUCUCUCUAUUGAAUGCGUUUUCUUCAUCAUUCAUUUCCUUCAUACCAAUAAUGGCUAGGAGCUGGCUUAUUGACAUAGGAGGAUUUGCAAAGAAAGUGAAAAGAACUACACUCUCUUCAGCUGAUCAGAUAAAGGAUUGUGGCGCAUAUCGGGAAUGUCCAAACUGUCACUGUCGUAUAGACAAUUGUGAUGUUUCUAGCGAGUGGCCUGGCUUUCCGAUUGGUAUAAAGUUUGAUCCUUCUGAUGUAGAAUUAUUAGACCAUUUAGCGUCUAAAUGUGGUGUUGGUAAUACAAAUCCUCACAUGUUUAUCAACGAGUUCAUACCAACAUUGGAAGGAGACCAAGGCAUCUGCUAUACACAUCCUGAAAAUCUUCCAGGUGCUAAGAAAGAUGGGAGUAGCAUUCACUUUUUUCACAGAACAAUGAAUGCAUAUAGUACUGGUCAACGAAAGCGUCGAAAGAUUCAACAUCAUGGUUCAACUGAAGAUCAUGUACGCUGGCACAAGACUGGUAAGACCAAAGCUGUAAUAGAAGAUGGAGUACAUAAGGGCUAUAAGAAGAUCAUGGUUCUGUAUAUAAGAUCUGAGAAAGAGUCAAAAUCCUACAAAUCUGACUGGAAAAUGCAUCAGUACCAUCUUGGGAAUGAUGAAGAUGAGAAGAAUGGAGAAUAUGUGGUUUCAAAAAUAUUUUAUAAACAUAAUGAAAAAAAUGAGGAGAAACCAAUGGCUGAAGAAUCUGACAAUAUAACAUCACGAACAAGUCCAAAGACUCCAAAACCAAAUCCUCCAAACCCACCGCGCGCAGGAAAAUGUGUUGGCAAUGAUGAUACCAUCGAUGAAACUGCAGAGGAUGCCAAGUCUAUCCCUGUAGAAUCACAUGCCCCACAAUCUGAUACUCAGGAUCAGGACAAUGCAGACAACUCUGCAUGGUUGGUUGAUGAAUUACAGACUAUGGAAAAUUCUGAAUACGACGGCAUGGAUGACAUAUUAUUGUGCAAGGAGAUUUUAGAUUCAUCAGCUCUAUUUGAUGAUUUUGGAUUGGACUCAAUCACUCCCAAUGAACUUGCUUACUAUGAAAACAAAAUGACAGGAAAUUGUAAUGUAGCUAAUGAAACUUCAACUUCUGUUCUGGAUACACUGGAAUUGGAUACUCCUCCAGAUUAUGAUCUUUCGAAUUUGACAUUUUGUUCUCAAGACAGUAUCCUUGAUUGGCUGGACUGGUUGUGAGGUGCUUUUUGAAGCAAGAUCUUUUUGAUACCGAUGUCAAUCCCAUAAGUGUUUCGUCCAGUUGCUUGGCCAGUGGUUCCCCUUUCGCUGUUUCUCUUUUCAAUUCCAAUGCUUUUGUUUGUUUUUAUGAAUCAUGAUUAGGUUAAGCUAUCUAGUCAGAGCUUGAAUUUUGGCUUUCUUCAUGAAGGCGGUAUUUCUGUUAAAACAGUUUCGGUGGUGUAUUUGGUUCUUCUGUCGCCAGCAUAAACUUUUGUUUCGAAUCAUAAUGUCACAGCCAUGGAAUUAGUGAAUAGAGAAGAGGAGUACUCUAA